AUGCAGUUGAGAAUCGUUCUGGUUUACUCGUUUAUCUUUACCAACGUAGAUGUCUGUCGUGCAGCAGAUUCUGAUGCGCAAGACGAGCAAAAGUUAAGAAGAAAAGUGGGAGUUAGCGAUCCGUCAAUGAAAGGAGACAUAAUCACGCCACUUAACGUUAAGUCAAGCAACGUUCCACUCUUCAGUGCAUACGAUCAUCAAUUCACAACUUACUAUAAAAUGACCUGCGGAUCGUUAGUCACUGCACUAACGGGAGUUAUUGGCAACGCCAGGUUGGUAUUUCGUUUCGUUUUCUUAUCAAGGAAAGCUUCCUCUAACGAAUGCCUGCGCUGGACAACUUCCAAGACCCAGAAUACUUUUCCUAGGGAACAGUACAUCAGACCAGUCUUCAUGCUGUAUCAAACGAAGCGGAGUACUGUGUCUCUGCCUGCAUAA